GCGUGACGCGGCGGCAGCGGCAGCCUUUCAGAAUUACGUAAGAAUCGCAGCGGCCGCGUCUCUCUCCGCAAUAACAAACAGUCCGAGGUCGAUCUGCGCCUUUUCUUUUCCCCUCCCCACCGACAUGGCUCCCACACCCGCGAAGGAGACGGAGAAGCACUGCGUGCUGUGCUGCCAAGAGGUCGACAUCUUCGCCCUGGGGAAGUGCGACCACCCGGUGUGUUACCGCUGCUCCACCAAGAUGCGGGCGCUGUGCGAGCAGAAGUACUGCGCCGUCUGCCGGGAGGAGCUCGACAAGGUGGUGUUUGUGAAAAAACUGCAGGCCUUCUCGUCUCUGCCCUACCACCAGUUUCCGUGUGAGAAGACGCACGACAUCUACUUUGGGGACGAGAGGAUCUAUGCUCAGUUCAGGCAUCUGCUGUUGUCAGAGUGUGUCCGCUGUCCAGAGCCCAAGGUCUUUGCCAGGUUUGAGGAGCUAGAGCAGCACAUGAGGAAGCAGCAUGAACUCUUCUGCUGCAAGCUCUGCACAAAGCACCUGAAGAUCUUCUCCCAUGAACGGAAGUGGUACAACCGUAAGGAACUGGCACGUCAUAGAGCACAUGGAGACCCAGACGACACCAGUCACCGAGGACACCCGCUCUGCAAGUUCUGCGAUGACCGAUACCUCGAUAAUGACGAGCUGCUGAAACACUUGCGCAGGGACCACUACUUCUGCCACUUCUGCGAUGCAGACGGUUCUCAGGAAUACUACAGUGAUUACCAGUACUUGAGCGAGCACUUCAGAGUAAGUCACUAUCUGUGUGAGGAAGGUCGCUGUGCCUCAGAACAGUUCACCCAUGCAUUCCGCACUGAGAUCGACUACAAGGCCCACAAGGCUGCAGCACACAGCAAGAACCGGGCAGAGGCUCGACAGAACCGCCACAUCGACCUGCAGUUCAACUACGCCCCGAGGCAGCAGAGGAGAAAUGAAGGUGUGAUGACAGGAGAGGACUAUGAGGAGAUGCGUCACAAUCGAGGAGGGAGAGGAAGGCCUCAUGGGGGAGGGGGACAGAAGAGCUGGAGAUAUUCCCGAGAGGAAGAGGACAGGCAGAUGGAAGCUGCUAUGAGGGCCUCCAUGGCGAUGCGUCGACAGGAGGAGAGAGGGCAGGUGCAGGAGAGGAGCACUCCCAAACACUGCAGAGAAGAGAGGACGGAGAGGUCGGAGAGGACAGAGAGGAUGGAGAGGACGGAGAGGACAGAGAGAAUGGAGAGAAUGGAGAGAAUGGAGAGAACAGAACUAGAAGAGCCCAGACACAGGAACGGACCCAUCAAACCAACAAUCAAACCUCCAGUCAGAACAAUGAAGAGCAGUAAUCCAGGAGAAGAGGAUGACUUUCCAGUUUUGGGAGCCACAGCUGCAGCAGCAGCAGCCAUUGUAAAGCCUGCUCCUGUAGCGGUUCCAGCAGCCCCUGCAGCUUUGAAGGAAGAUGAUUUUCCGAGCCUGUCAGCUGUUGCUGUGACAUCCCUCAUGACCCCGGCUUACUCUGCACCACCUAAGAAGAAUUCCUCUUUCCAAGAGGAGGAUUUUCCUGCUCUUGUGUCCAAAGUGCGCCCCCUCAAACCCACAGCAGGCACCAAGUCUGCUUGGUCCAGCAAGACUGCUGCAGCUAAACCCGUCAUUCAUCUUCCACCUUCCACCAGACACACCCCUCCCCUCCCAUCUGCUUCCUCUGGCCCUCAGCUCCUCUCCUCCUCAGCUUCAUUGUCUUCACGGAGGAAAAAGAAAGUAGGGGAGAUUGGGAAGGCAGCACCUCCUCUUUCCUCAGAUGAUGAGAGCGGAGGAUUGACGCAGCAGGAGUUCCGCUCAGUGCCCACCAUGUUGGAUAUCUCCUCUCUGCUCACCGUUAAAGGAGGCAACAGCAACAGCAGCAGCAGCAACAGCAACAGCAACAGCAAACCCUCCACCGUGACCUCCAGCACUUCAAACCUGACCCCCAACACCGAUGUCUCUACCUCCAAAGCCAGCAAGAAGAAAAAACAGCAGAAGAACACAGCUGCUCCCUCCUCGUCUGUAUCUUCAACAGUGACGACACCUGUAAAUACAAUCUCUGUGGAAACGGCUGCACAGAAGGAGAACGUCCCUGAGAAAAACUGUAACAAACCGCUUUCUAGCUCUGUGACAGCGGCACUGAUGAGCGGAUUGACAAAUGGCCACGCUGAGAAAUCACCACCCAUUAGUAAGGAGACAACUGCAGUAACCCCUCCUCCCUGCACAGACCCUCCUCUUCAACAAGAGGAAGAGUUUCCUGCUCUCAUGACAAAGAAGCCUCCUCCAGGCUUCAAGUCCUCCUUCCCGAUGAAGGCCUCAGCUCCUGCCUCAUCCUCCACAAUGCCCCCACCUCCACCUGGUCUGGGACUCUCAGGUCCUAAGCCUCCACCAGGCUUCACUGGGAUCCCCCUCAACAGCAAUGUGGUAGAGCCUGCUCCUUCUGCAGUCAACCUGCCGCCCAAGGUGUCAAGCAGCGGUUACCUAGUGCCAGAAGACUUCCACCAGAGAAAUCUGGAGCUCAUCCAGUCCAUUAGGAUGUACCUCCACAACGACGAGUCAAAGUUCAACCAGUUUAAAAACUACUCUGCACAGUUCAGACAAGGUGUGGUAUCAGCAGCUCAGUAUCACUGCAGCUGUAAGGACCUGCUCGGAGACGACUUUAACCGCAUCUUCAAUGAGCUGCUGGUGCUCCUGCCGGACACUGGCAAGCAGCAGGAGCUGCUGACUGCCCACGCAGACUGCAAGGCCUUGGAGAAACAGUCUGGAGGAGGAAAGAAAAACAAGAACAAGAAGAACGCCUGGCAGACGCCAACCAGUGUGGUCAACGUAGCAGCUGAGCUGGAAUGUCAGGUGUGCCCCACUUGCAGACAGGUGCUGGCCCGCAAAGACUUCAACUCCCACAAGACCCUGCACAUCAGGGACAGUGAGGAAUUUCCUUCCUUGCAGUCGAUUAGCCGCAUCAUUAGCUAGCCCCUCCUCUGCUCCGUUUGCCAUCAUGGGGUAUAUGUUCAGUGGCUCCUGUUGCCAUGUCAAAGCCCUGCAGAAGCCAGUAUGUAAAACAGCCACCUGUUUCCUGUGUGAGCGUGUCUCGGAGGAGCUCGGGGACUAUAUCUCAUGAAUUAAAGAAUGUUUAUGGCGUUUUAACUUUAUGAUGAGGUUAUUUAUCAGUUUGCGUGAAUGGUUUCACUGGGUCGCUCCAGCUCAGCUUUUUACUUCAGCUCACAUCCUUUGAGGACGUCUCCGGCUGCCACUGGCUUUGUCUGACCACAACCAUCAUUUUAUUAAAUGAAAGACAAGCUAAGGCUUUACUUGAAGAAUGUUCGGCUUCAUAAUACAAAAUUGUAUUGAGUUACAUUUUGUACCAUGUGCUUUUUACACAGACGACAAAAGCAACUGAUGUUUUCGUAACAUCAGAGUUGAUGGCUCUGUAUAGAUUUGUUCAAAUAACAAAAUAAACACAUCUUCAGUUCAACAUUUUAGCUCCAGAUUUAUUUAACUUUAGCUGUUUAGUUGCUUUCAAUUGUUGGCUGGUUCAUUGAGAGGAAAGUGUUUGAGUGACUAGGUUGUCCCCUGUCAGAGAUGUGAAAGGGUGAGUGGCAGGAAGAAAGAUUAAUUGGAACAAAUUUUGGUAUACGGUUUAAUUUUUUUAUUAUUUUGUGUACAAUUUUAAUUUAUUCUGUUUAUGUCACUCACCAGUGGAUCUGGUUUAUUUAGUUGACUGAUGGACUGAUCAAUCAGAGAAGUAGUAUUGCACAAAUUUUCAAAUGGAAACUAAAAAUCCUAAACAAUGAA